AUGACGUUUUCAACGCGGAGCGGAGCCCAUUUGGUUUGGAUAAGCCUGCUGGUUUGCUGCUUGGUAAAUUUAGGAACUAGCAUGGAGUUUACUGGCGCAGAAGGCCAGUGGGCAAGGUUUCCUAUGUGGAACGCGUGCUGUGAGAGCGAAAUGAGUUUCAACAUGAAAACCAAAAGCGCUCAUGGACUCCUAGUGUACUUCGACGAUGAAGGAUUCUGUGACUUCUUGGAACUUCUCAUUCAUAAUGGCAGACUGAGUCUGCGGUUUUCCAUCUUCUGCGCCGAACCCGCCAUGGUACUCUCAGACACUGCCGUCAAUGACAGCCGCUGGCACGCAGUCACCGUGCGCAGGAAUUUCAAAAACACAACGUUGGUUGUCGACCAGGAGAUCAAAUGGGUGGAGGUGAAGUCUAAAAGGAGGGACAUGACCGUUUUCAGUCAUUUAUUCUUAGGAGGAAUACCACCCGAACUGCGGUCAGUGGCACUACGGCUAACCUCCGCAGCCGUUAAAGACCAAGUGCCAUAUAAAGGAUGGAUAACCGAUUUAAAAGUAAACGGUUCCGAGCCAGCUUUAAUUGACAGUGAAGGAAUCAACACCGACAUUUGUGAAGCUGAUCACGUUUGCUUGAACGGAGGAGUGUGCAGUAUCGUAAACGACGUGCCCAUUUGUGAUUGUUCAGAGACGGGAUUCCAGGGGAAAGAUUGCAGUGAAGAAGAGGCCUAUGUCGGAGGUCUUGCGCACCUGAUGAUGGGCGACCAAGGAAAAAAAAAGAUGAGGGAGGAGUAUGUAGCCACCUUCAAGGGUUCAGAGUACUUCUGCUACGACCUCUCGCCAAACCCCAUCCAGAGCAGCAGCGAUGAAAUAACCCUGUCCUUCAAGACCCUGCAGAGAAACGGCCUGAUGCUCCACACAGGCAAAUCGGCCGACUACGUCAACCUGGCACUGAAGAACGGUGCCGUGUCCCUGGUCAUCAACCUGGGCUCCGGAGCCUUUGAGGCUCUGGUGGAACCGGUCAAUGGGAAAUUUAAUGACAAUGCCUGGCAUGAUGUGAAGGUUACCAGGAAUCUCCGUCAGCACUCAGGCAUUGGACACGCUAUGGUAACAAUAUCCGUGGAUGGAAUUCUCACCACCACUGGUUAUACACAAGAGGACUACACCAUGCUAGGCUCUGACGACUUUUUCUAUGUCGGAGGCAGUCCCAGCACCGCAGAUCUGCCCGGAUCCCCAGUUAGCAACAACUUUAUGGGCUGUCUGAAGGAGGUUGUGUACAAGAACAACGACGUACGUCUGGAGCUGUCUCGGCUGGCCAAGCAGGGCGAUCCCAAGAUGAAGGUGAGCGGCGUGGUGGCCUUCAAGUGCGAGAACGUGGCUACCCUCGACCCCGUCACCUUCGAGACGCCGGAAUCUUACAUCACGCUCAGCAAGUGGACCGCCAAAAAAGCAGGAUCCAUCUCCUUCGACUUCCGCACCACCGAACCCAACGGCCUUCUCCUUUUCAGUCACGGAAAACCCAAACAACAGCAGCAAAAAGACCCCAAGAGCCCCAAAACCCUGAAGGUGGACUUUUUCGCCAUCGAGAUGCUGGACGGGCACCUGUACUUACUGUUGGACAUGGGUUCUGGUACCACCAAGACCAGGGCUGUUAACAAGAAAGUCAACGAUGGCGAGUGGUACCAUGUGGACUUCCAAAGGGACGGAAGAUCAGGAACCAUCUCUGUCAACUCUGUCCGGACACCCUUCAAUGCUCCUGGGGAGAGUGAGAUACUGGAUUUGGACGAUGUGCUCUACCUGGGCGGAUUACCAGAGGACCGCGCUGGGCUGGUCUUCCCCACAGAGGUGUGGACCGCUCUGCUUAAUUACGGCUACGUGGGUUGCGUGAGGGACCUUUUUAUGGACGGUCAGAGUAAGGACAUUCGUCGGUUGGCUGAAGGCCAGAGAGCAGUGGGCGUCAAACCCUCCUGCUCAAAAGAACCUCCAAAGCAGUGUCUAAGUAACCCUUGUCUGAACAGCGGUACUUGCAGGGAGGGAUGGAACCGUUACGUGUGCGACUGCUCCGGUACCGGGUACCUGGGCCGCUCCUGUGAGAGAGAUGCCACGAUACUCAGUUAUGAUGGCAGUAAAUUUUUGAAGAUCCAGUUGCCUGUGGUGAUGCACACGGAGGCUGAGGAUGUUUCGUUGCGGUUCCGUUCCCAGCGUGCCUACGGUGUUCUCAUGGCAACCACUUCCCGCAACUCUGCUGACACUCUGCGGCUCGAGUUGGAUGGAGGGCGUGUCCGCCUCACUGUCAAUCUAGACUGUAUCAGGAUUAACUGUACCACGAGUAAAGGUCCAGAGACCAUCUUUGCGGGCCAGAACCUGAACGAUAAUGAGUGGCAUACAGUACGCGUGGUCAGGAGAGGAAAGAACCUGAAACUCACAGUGGACGACCUCCAGGCCUCAGAAGGUCAAAUCACAGGCGACCACACCCAGCUGGAGUUCCAUAACAUCGAGACGGGCAUCGUCACGGAGAAACGCUACAUGCCCGCCGUGCCCUCCAACUUCAUCGGGCACCUGCAAGGUCUGUCGUUCAACGGCAUGUCUUACAUCGACCUGUGCAAGAACGGCGACAUCGAGUACUGCGAGCUCAACGCCAUGAUCGGCUACAAAACCAUCAUAGCCGACCCCGUGACCUUUAAGUCCCGUUCCAGUUACGUUACCUUGCCCACUCUCCAAGCGUACUACUCCAUGCAUCUCUUCCUUCAGUUCAAGACCACCUCUCCAGACGGCCUCAUACUCUAUAACCGGGGAGACGGAAAUGACUUCAUCGUGGUGGAGCUGGUGAAAGGUUACCUGCAUUAUGUGUCAGACUUGGGGAACGGAGCUCACCUGAUCAAGGGAAACUCUAACACGCCUCUCAAUGACAAUCACUGGCAUAACGUCGUGAUCUCCAGAGACACCAACAACCUGCACACAGUCAAGAUUGACACCAAGAUCACCACCCAGACUACCACCGGAGCCAAAAACCUGGACCUGAAAGGUGACUUGUAUGUAGGGGGAGUGGCCAAGGAGAUGUAUAAGGACCUGCCUAAGCUGGUGCACUCCAGGGAAGGGUUCCAGGGCUGCCUGGCUUCUGUGGACCUGAACGGACGCCUUCCAGACCUCCUGUCCGACGCCCUGAACACCAUGGGUCAGGUGGAGAGGGGCUGCGAAGGUGAGGAGGGGCUCCUCUGCACUCUUGCAUUGAUGAAAGCUGAUUUGCAAGGUCCCAGCACUACCUGUCAGGAAGACUCCUGCUCCAAUCAGGGCGUGUGUUUACAGCAGUGGGAGGGAUUUAGCUGCGAUUGCAGCAUGACAUCUUUCGGAGGUCCACUCUGCAAUGACCCUGGGACAACGUACAUAUUUGGGCGAGAUGGGGGCCUGAUUGUGUACACGUGGCCACCCAAUGACAGACCCAGUACGAGAGCGGACCGCCUGGCUGUGGGGUUCAGCACGCAGCAGAAGGACGCUGUGCUCGUACGAGUGGACAGUUCAACAGGUCUAGGAGACUACCUACAGCUCCAGAUAGAAAGAGGCAAUAUUAAAGUUGUAUUUAACGUGGGCACAGAUGACAUAAACAUUGAAGAGACUUCAAAGUUUGUAAAUGAUGGAAAAUACCACAUAGUUCGCUUUACGAGGAGUGGUGGUAACGCUACUUUACAACUGGAUGACUUGCCUGUGAUAGAACGUUAUCCCUCAGGCAACAUUGAUAACGAACGGCUGGCGAUUGCUAGACAGCGAAUCCCAUAUCGGCUUGGUCGAGUAGUUGACGAAUGGCUACUCGACAAAGGUCGACAGCUUACCAUCUUCAACAGUCAGACAACCAUAAAAAUCGGCAGCGGGGAACGCGGCAGUCGCGCGUUCCAGGGUCAGCUCUCCGGGCUUUACUACAACGGCCUGAAGGUGCUCAACAUGGCGGCCGAGGGCGACCCCAACGUGCGGGUGGAGGGCAGCGCCCGUCUGAUCGGCGACAUGCCCUCCUCGUCCAUAACGCCGCAGUCCAGCGCCUCUGCCGCCGGCAACCGUUCCGACACGUCUCCCUCCAUCACCGACAUCACCACGACGACCGCGUCCAACCGCCAGGGGAAGCAGACCACGACGCCGCAGGACGACCUGCUGGUGGCGUCCGCUGAGUGUCCCAGUGAUGAUGAGGACAUCGAUCCAUGUGAUCCCAGUUCAGGUGGGUUAGCCCACCCCCCCCUGCCGGAGACCAAAGGCUACCCCACCUCUGACGUCAUCCGCGAGUCCAGCAGCACCACCGGGAUGGUGGUGGGCAUCGUAGCGGCGGCUGCCCUCUGCAUCCUCAUCCUCCUCUACGCCAUGUACAAAUACCGCAACCGCGACGAAGGCUCCUACCACGUGGACGAGAGCCGCAAUUACAUCAGCAACUCAGCCACGCAGCCCAACGGAGCCGCCGUGAAAGAGAAGCCCAUCGGGGUCGCCAAAAUCUCCAGCAAGAACAAAAAGAAUAAGGAUAAGGAAUAUUAUGUCUGA